GAUUUUCCGGGCAGCGCUUCCGGAUUGAAGGUACAUGUAGAUCUAUUCACGUCGUUUGAACGUCUGAGCUGUCUACUUUUCCGAGGUAUCGUUUGCCCCGGUAGUUUGCAGAUUCUGGUAGAAUCGGGAAUAUACUUGCCCCUUCUAGUAAAAGUGCAGGAAACUCCUGGAGGAAACUACCAUUAUGACUGAUAAACCACCUCCAUAUAACCCGAGUGCAGCUCCUGCACCCGGUUAUCCACCCCAGCAAGGCUAUCCUCCACCCCAAGGCCAGCCUGCCCCUGGAUAUGCUCCGCAACAAGGAUACCCUCCGCAGCAGCAGCCUGGCUAUGCUCCUCAGCCAGGAUAUGCUCCUCAACCAGGAUAUGCACCUCAGCCUGGUUACCCACCAGCUCAACCUGGUUAUGCACCCCCUCCUCAGAAUCAAAUGAUGGCCACUAACACAGUUGUUGUAGCACAACCACCACCUGUUCAACAGAGCACUGUAGUGGUUCAUCAGCAGCAACGUCGUGGUGUGAACCAUGUAUUGCACUGCAUCAUUACAUUCUUUUUCUGGCCAUGGGUAUUCGUCUGGAUCAUCCUGUGCAUCACUGAGGGGGCCUAGAAAUCUGAUUGGAGCACCUUGGCUAAGACAAAGACAGAUCAUGUCACCACACAAUCUUUCACCUUUUACCUCUUUUUCAUUUAUGCAGUUAAUCUUUUGUCUUUCCAAGACUGGUAUGUGCCUUUAGUUGCUCCUGGUAUCUUGGAAAGUAUGAAGAUGAAAAAUGAUUUCUGUGGUAAUUGAUUGGUCAUUUUAUAAUUAUUUACUGUUAAUUUUAAAGUACCAUUUUCUGUUAUUAGUUCAGGUAUGCUUCAUGAUUUAUGUAUUACCGACAAAGGAAUCAUAUUUAAGUAGGUCUCGAUCCUUUUGUAGCGGCUGCCUGCUGUCAAGGACUGUUCAAAAGUUGAUAUGCUGAAUGAUCAUAUGAGUACUUUCGAAAUCAUACUUAAAUCCAAGUACUUUGUUUAAUGGUUUGCUUUCACUUUUAUUUUCACUGACUCUGUGCUUGGAGUAUGUAUUGAGAUCAGCAGGUCUAGCAGGAAUAACAAUGAUGAUGACAACCACUUUUAUAGCACUCAUAUUUUUUAUUACAGUAAACUGAAAGCUACAUGUAGCUUAGCUUUUAAAAUGUUGUAUGUCACAUGGAGAAUUCUCCAUUUACUCUUAAAACAGGUUUUGGUAUCAAUUUCAUUUCCAUUCAAUAUAUACAAGUAUAAUUGUUUAAUGAUGUCAGUGGGAGAUGAAUAUUUUCUGUACUGGGCUAUGUUUCCUCUUUCUCUCUAUAGUAAUUCAUGUUUGUAUAUAGUUAUAACCCAGUGGUUAUAUACAGUGUAUAAAUUGGCCACAGCCCCAUUGUAUUUGUUCAAUCAUGGUAAGAGAGGCUAAAGAAUACAUCUGCACAUGUAAAUACUUGCAUACAUGGACAUCAUACAAAAAUUCCCUCUAUUCUUACCAUCUCGUUUUUUUUUGUCUUCUGUGAAAAAUUUAACUCUAUCAUUUUGAUUUAUGAGCUCUAGAUAUCUAUUUUUUGGGAAGCAGUAAGUAGUAAGUUAUACAAAUUAAAAAAACACGAAGACUUUAUUUACUAGUGAGAAGCUUCUCAGACAUAAAGGUUGCAAUAAUAUGGAUAUAAAGUUAAUUGUUGCCAAAAUAAAGAUAAAAGCUGAGCUCAUUAUGAAAUCUAAAAAUUGAUAAAUGUUUGGCUGAAGUUUUAUAAAUGUUGUAUAUUUUGAAACUAGUAACAGGAAUCUGCUGCCUUUUUGUUUAACAUUCUUAUUUUGUUCUUUAUGUCAGUACUUAUUUUGUAGGCUUUUUCUUUAGUUUUUAGCACACAGUAUACCAAGCAAAGGUACAUUUACGUUUGUAGCACAUUAACAUGACCCAUCCUGUCCCCCCCUUCCCCAUGACUAGUAGAUACAACUAUUAUCAAGAAAAAUUAUGAAAAAAGAGGUUGAGAAAUUACUGCGGUUUAAAGAAAAUAUAUAUCUGCAAUAAAGACACCUCAAAGAGAUCCUUAUUGAGAUCAUAAAAUGUGCCAUGUUUCACAACAUGUAUUUUUAUCAAUACGUAUAUGCUUUUCUUAAUCAUGUCUUCUUGGAUGGUGAAAUUUAAUUUUUAAAUUUUCAGUUAAAAUUGCCGGUACCCUCCACUGUGAUCACCUUCUGAAGUUAAAAGAAAUGUUUUUGAUAUUGAAAUUCAACUGCCAUGUAAUAUUGAACUUUAUGAAUAGCCUUUGUUAGAUCUUAAGGUGAAUAACAUAGAUUGAAACAAAAAGCCAAGAUAUGAUAAUAUUGAACUUUAUUGCAGUUCAUUUAUUGUCAAUUCCCCCCACCUUACAUUAAUUCAGCAUUACACAUAUGAGGAAAUGAUGAUUUGAUCAGCAUGAUAGCAUUAUACAUGUACAUGUGUCCAAAGAAACAACCAGUAAAUUUAUUAGUUUUGAUAUCGCAUGAUAUUGACACCAAAUUAUACAAUUAUUGUAUUCAUAGUGUGAAGUAGUAAAAUUGUUUGAUUAUGAUACCACAGAAUAGGUUUCUGGCCUUUUAGUACAAAUACACUACACUAGUUCAGGAAGAUACAGUGGUUUUGGUUCCAAAGUCUAACUCUUCAUAAGUGGCCAAAAUGUACAUUUCCAUGUUUUCCUGCAUGAAGACUAUAUGUAAAGAUUUUAAAAGAGCAAGCUUGUAGUCACACUGUCUUACUCAAAUUCACUUUCUUGCAGUUAUUCUUAUGAGGUUAUAGAAAAUUGAAUCGUUUAUUGUUACUUUUCAUUUACCUUUUUGUUUGGGGGCAAUAUUUUUGAAGGAUGUAAAAUAAUUGUCUGUUGUUUAGUAUUGUCACAAGUAGUAAUGAGGUUCCUUUCAGACUUAAAACUUCAAAUUCUUUUUUUUUAGCACCAUGGAGGCUGGAUCACCCCCUCUCCCAACCCAUGUAGAUUAGAAUGAUGAUCAAAUAAAAGCAAAGAUACAGUCUGGCCUCCAAUUCAUCAGUAGUCAUAAGUGAGACAGUACUAUGAUAAUGUUAAUGAAUCAUGAAGCAUCUAAUCAGUUUUUUUUUACAAAUCAUGGAUGAUGCAAAAUUUUAAACGAAAUGACUUCUAAUAGCAGGUGCAUCGUUUGCUUUAAAGGAGGUUGUUGACUAUUAAAAGAUGGUUGUUAUGGUGUAUGCAUGCAUAGGUAAUUUCACUGUACUUGAAAAAGAAAGUAGAUUAUUAUUAGAUUUUAUUGGUCACACAAAAUAUGAACAAUGGAACUAUAUACACACGGUUGAUUGUACAUUAAGGAAAAAACAUUGUAGACUUGCCUUCUUUAAUCUUGCUUUGGUUUUAUUAGUACAGUAGAGUGUAUGUAUAAAGUAGCCGAUGUUAUAAAGUCAAACUUUACUUGUAUGAAAUAUGAAUAGUAAUAUUUGUGAUAUACUAUUUGUGAUGUAAGAGAGCUUAAAGUCAAACAUAUAUAGUAUUAUGCAAUGAUAUAUGUGAAGAGAGCACAAUUACUCUGUCCAUUGAGAGCUUUAAUAUUGAAAGAGAUCUGAUACCCAGUUUCUAUGUGUCACUUUAUGUUUUUAGUUAGGUUGUAUGGAUAAGUAAUUAUAACAUAGCUGAAACCGUUUUCUAAUUCUGUCCUUUGCUUGUAUGUGAUAGUGCAUAUACUACUAUAUUUUAUAUAUAUUUUCACAUGUGAUAAACCUCCUUAAAAAUUAAUGAAAAUUUGAUUGAGAACAGUUUGUGUCAUUAAGAUUCAUUCUAGAUGAAAAAUAAAUGAAAAUCAUUAUGCUGAUUAAACUGAAACGUUUGGAAAUGAGAGAACUUUUGUAUUUCAGAUGAUUAUGCAUUUUAUAUACUGUAUUUUUGAAAAAUGUUUUCAAUACUAAAUAUUAUCCAAUGGUGACAUGGUAAUUAGUUAUCAAACCUCAGGAUAUUGAAAUUUCAAUGACUUGACAUAUUUUGCAAAGUGUGUAGAUUACUUCAAACAUGAUAAACACAUUGGUGAGUAUUUCUUAAGUUAACUUACACCACACUUUUAUGGAGUGCCAACUGUUAACUCAUCGAAAUAACUCAAAAUAAUUUUGUAAUUAAAUUAGUUAAUAUUAUGAAAUUUCCACCCAAGUAUCUGUAUGUUAUGAAUAAGAAAUAUAUACCAAAGUGUUCUGGAACAAAAACUGAGAAAUAAGUUAAAUAAUCAUGACAUUUCACCAGACUGUCAUGUAUUUUUCAAGCAAUAAUGCAAUGUCCCACAUGUGCUUUCCUGCGUAAGAAAUCUUCAGUGUAAGUGGUUUUUUAUAUUUCAUGGCUUUAUUAAGUUCAUUUUAUGUAACUGUACCAGAUCUAGGUCUAGGAUGAGAUGGUGCACGCAAUUAACAUUAGCUUAGAGACUUUCAUGAAAUCAUUGUUUACUACAAUUCCUUUCAUUUAUCUUUGUAGUAAACAUGAAAUGAAUAACAGCAUUGGACUAUAAUUGAAUUGAUUAAAUUCUUUGGUACUUUGCUUGUCAUGAAUGUUAAUGAAUAUAUGUAUAAAACACUACAUUUCAUGGAAGUGUGGACUUAAAUUGUUUGGUCUGGAGUUAAGCCUAGGUUUGAUUGUGAGAAAUGUAUUCAGCUGUCUUUCAUCUUUGCAAAAUAUUUCAAUUCUAGUAAAAUUCUUGCAAAUUGUAUGAUUGUAUGUGAGGUUCCUGAAUGAAAUGGAGGUAGUAUACAAUGUAUGUUUGCUGAGGAGGUCCAAUGUAAAUCAUAAAUGUAUGGUUCAUCUUGUAGUGUCACGUAGUGCUUGAUGUGUUUAUACCCAAGGUAUUUUGCUGUACUCAAUGUUGAAUAUUUACUCAUGAGCCUUCUAUAUCAAUUAAAGGCUAUAAAACCUACACAACUAUAUUUAAGUGAAACUUGAAAAAUAGUACAAGAAAAAUACAAAACUAUGAGGGGUUUUUUAAAAUAAUAAUACCCAGUAAUUUUUUUUGCUCCUUUAUUCAGUUAUUUACGGUAGGUUCUAAUAUAGCUCAUAAUAACUGGAGAACAUAGAAUUUUAACAAAAUAAGAGCUUCAAAAUCUUUUACUACACAACUUUUGUUUUUAUUUUGAAAUUAGUGAAAAUGAUAAGGGUGGGUUGAGAGAAAAAUAUUUUAUAUUUUAUGACAUCACUCACUAUUUCUUUUGUAUUUUAUUAUAUGAAAUAUGAAAUAUUCUAAUUUUCUCCUCAUUGUCCUGUGAAACAAAGUUUUAUUUUGCCCUGAACAGGUGGAAUUCCAUUAGUUUAACAUGUUGUGCUUCAGGCAAGGAGGUCCUAAUCGUCAAAUUCGUAAAAAUUGAAAUAUUGUAUAAUUCAAACAAUAAAAAACAAAAGAAAUAGUGAGUGACAUCAUCGACUCUCUCAUUUGGAUGUAACUGGCUCGUUCAUAUAACUAUUUUGUUGAAAAUAAGCGAAACUUUGAAAUGUCAUAACUUUCUUAUUUUACAUCCGAUUUUGAUGAAAUUUUCAGCAUUGUGCUUGUCUGAUUUUUCUCUAUUGAUUCAAAUCAACAUUUUUCUGAGGUGGACUUGACCUUUAAUUUCUGCAGUUUUGCAUUCCAUUAAUAUUCUUGAUAAUGCCUUGUAAAUGUGUAGUGAAAACUAGCAACCUCAGUUGUCUGCACAUUUUUAAAGAAAAUACUGAUUUGAUUCUUUUAUUUGGAAUUAUAUUAUGAGCAUUCCUAAAUAGAAAUAUCUGAAUUGAUUUCUUUGUACUAUUUUGAUCAUGUAUUAUUCAAGAAAGGAGGAUAUUCUGUUAUAAUGCAGAAUCAUAAUCUAUUUGUGAAAUAAAUGUAUUUUCACUAGCAUCUAA